CGCUCGGAACCCAACGGACGGCAGAUCCAAUAAACCGCGCAUAGAGGAGAUCAUGAUCCACCGAUCGGACGGCACCCGUCGCCUCCCCCUUUAUAAACCCCCCCCACUACCUCCCUCCCUCUGAACAUCGCCUAUUCAGCAAUCCAAAUUUCCAAUCCCUUGGGAAGAGAGAGAGCUUCGAACCCUAAAACCUUCCAAAAUGGCCGGAACCCUAAGCUUUGCAGGAUUGAGCUCCUGCCCCAAUCUUGCCUCCCCCAGCCGCCGCACGGCGCGCAGCUUCGUGGCCAUAGCGGAGGUGUCGACGGCCGUGAGGCGGGCGAAGAGCCUGUACGAGGUGCUGCGGGUGAAGGAGACAGCGUCGGCCCCGGAGAUUAAAGCGGCGUACAGAUCGAUGGCGAAGCGGUUCCACCCAGACGUGGCGCCGGCGGCCGGCGGAGCGGAUUUCCUGGAGAUCCACCGGGCGUACAAGACGCUCUCCGACCCGACGGCGAGGGCGCGGUACGAUCUCUCCAUCGGGCGGCUGGGAUUCCCGGUCACGGGGCCGCUGCGGUCCCGGCGAUGGGAGACGGACCAGUGCUGGUAGGCGGCCGGUCUGACUGGAGAUCUACCGAAACGGGAACGGUUCGGUUGUGGAUAGAGACCCGAGCCCGGUCCAGAUUUAGGUGCGCGGGGGGAAGCGCGUGGAAACCGACCUUGCAACGUGGCGGCAUCUGAAUGGGUCAUCGACAUGCCGGUCCAAAAAGAAAAACUUGAUGGGCUGGGGUGGGGUUUGUUUAUUUUUUAUUUUUUCUUUCCAAGCUCGCACGUGGUUGCGCGAGCAGCGAAAAUGUAAAGCUUCGAGGCAUAUCCUUGCUGACAUCUCUUAACUACGGAGAAAAUUUUGCACCUUCUCCACUCCGAGGACUAAGAUUUAGACGCUGCGAGUAAUUGAGCAUAUCAAAAAAAAAAAAAAAAAAAA